AUGGAGGGAGGACAAGUUAAAUCAAGAAUUCCAACAGGAUCAAGGAUUCCCAGAAGCUCAUGGGCCAGUCAGGAGACUGGAGUUAGGCCGGAAAAACAUCGUUCUUCAAACAAAGGUCUUGAGAAUGCAAGCGAAAUAUGGUUUUUGAACUACAAUGACCCGAACGUUGAGAGGAUUGAGGACGAAACUCCGCCGAUGCUGGUACCUAGUGAUAUCCAGCUAUCGUAUGGGGAUUUCAUUGAUUCGAAUACAGAGUGGAUCGAGGAUAUAACUCCGCCGCAGCUCGUUCCUAGUGAUAUCCAGGUAUGGUUUGGGAAUUUAAUUGAUUCGAAUGCAGAGUUGAUCGAGGAUAUAACUCCGCCGCAGCUCGUUCCCAGUGACACACAUCUGGAGGAUGACAUCGAUGAUGUGUGUGACUGGGAACCAGGAGAUAUUUCAGAGAUCAAUUAUGCAAUUUUUAAGCGGAUAAAAGCUGAGAGAGAUCUCUGCAAAAUGAAGGCGGAGAACGAAAAACUUCAGCAGGAAAAUCAGCGACUGAAGGCAAAAACAGGCGUAAGCCUAAUAAGUCGAUACUGCUUCCGGUUCCUACUGUUCAUGGUGGGCGAGGUGGCGGAAUCGAUUUUCAGCUCAUUUUAAAUUAAUCGUAUGAACUAAAUGUGGUGGUGGAUGUUUGUGUGUGUUAUGUUUGGCUUUCUUCUUGUUGCAAGUUGUUAUUUUGUUUUGUUCUGUUUUCGUUAUACCAUUCUAUGUAGCAAAUUUUACUUCAGCUUUUGUUAUACGUUUAGUUGAUUUUU